AUGCAAGAUACUGGAAAAGAUGGGAAAGAUAGAAAAAGCUUUGUAAGUCAAACUUAUUUUAAACUUAUAUACUAUGCUGAAUUAUAUUCCUCAAAUUAUGAAGAUAGAAUAGAAAUUUAUAAUAAGCUAUUAUCUGAAAAUUCGGAUCUCACCUCAGAAGAAAAGCAAUCUUGUCAAGACAGAGCUUCAAGAAACACUGAAAGAGAAAAAGAAUUAUUUAAAAGAGGCAAGCCAAUAGAAUGCAAUUAUUGCAAUUUAACAAGAUAUUCAACUCGUUACUGCGAAAAUUGCAUUAUAAAAUAUUUAAAAAGCUUUUUUGGAACUUGGACAUCUGGAUGUGAUAUUAUUGAUAAAUUUAUAUGUGAAUGUCAAUCAAGUUCAGGACUCCCUUUACACAUUAUGGAAUGGAUCCCAUUUGAUCAAUUCGAAGAUCUAAAACCUUUUGCAAAGGGUGGCUUUGCUACUAUAUACACUGCGACAUGGAAAAGAGGGUCGAUAUUAGAUUUUAAUGAAAGUGAGCAAAAAUUUGUUUAUCAAGGUCCUCAGAAGGUUGCGCUUAAAUCUUUAAAUAAUUCAACAGAACCUACCGAAAAGUUUUUUGAAGAGGCAAAAAGAUUUAUUCAAAUUAGAUCAGGUGAUAUUGUUAAUGCAUAUGGAAUAACUAAAAUUGAAAUCCCUGGCAACUGCAAUUUUGCUAUAGUUAUGAAUUAUUUUGGAGAUGGAAAUUUACGAGAUUAUUUAAAAAACAAUCACAUGAUUCUAAGUUUAGAAGAUAGAGUGUUUGCCAUUUGGCAAAUAUAUUGUGAAAUUCUUGAAAAUAAGAAAUUAGCUAUUGAAUAUGAGGAAAAACGAACUAUAAUGGCUUUUAAUACAAACUUGCAACAAGAAACUUCUUAUCAGAGCCAAGUUUUUGAUUUUAAGUUUAAUAACUCAGGUUAUUUUCAUUUAUCAAAUUAUUUUUCUGUUAAAGUUUAUGAUGCACAUAAACUACACAAAAAAGUUUCUGGUGCAAGUGGUAUUAUCGACUUUGGUCAGAAAUAUUCAGUCUCUGAUACAAGUGGCAUUAUCGAUUUUGAUCCGAAAUAUUCAGCUAAUAGUGGUAUUAUCGAUUUCGGUCAGAAAUAUUCAG